CUACUAAAAGCAAAAAUACUCCCUUGGUAUUUAUACCAUAGGGUUCUCCAUUCUCCAUAACACUUAGAGCUAAAAAGGGAAAACAAAGUAGGGCAAAUCAAUCAGUUCUCUACCCACCACUUUCCCCCCCUCCCUAUCUAUAUCAUCCUCCUCCUCCUCCUCAUUUUCUUCCCUGCAAAUUUAGGGUUUCUGGGAAUUUGUUUCCAUUUUCUCAACCCCGAUUUCCAUUUUUGGAAAUCUUUUUUCUUUUUGUUUUUUUUCUUCUUCUUUUGGUCUCUCCACUGAUUGGUCUUUUGGUCUCUCCACUGAUUGGUCGGAUCAACUUGACCGAUCUGUUGGUGUUGACUUGAGAUUUUCCGGCUGAAAAAUGGUUAGGGGGAAGACUCAGAUGAAGCGGAUUGAGAAUGCGGCGAGCCGGCAGGUGACCUUCUCGAAGAGAAGGAGUGGACUGCUGAAGAAGGCCUUUGAGCUUUCGGUUCUCUGCGAUGCUGAGGUUGCACUCAUCAUUUUCUCCAACAGAGGGAAGCUCUUUGAGUUUUCGAGCUGUUCUAGUCUGAACAAGACAAUAGACCGUUUCCAAAAGAGAGCGAAAGAUCAAGGCCUUAGCGGUAAAGCAGCUCGAGAUCACGAUCAUAUGGAGCUUGCUAAUGAAGACACCAGUAGCAUGGCAAUGAGAAUUGAGUUGAUUGAAUCUUCUAAACGGAAGCUCCUUGGUGAUGGUUUAGAAUCAUGUUCGAUAGAUGAGCUACAUCAGUUGGAGAAGGAUUUGGAGCGAAGCUUAGCCAAAAUUAGAGAUCAAAAGAACCUGAUGCUGAGGGAGCAGAUACAGCAGCUGAAGGAAAAGGAGAUAAGCCUACUCGAAGAAAAUGCAGAGCUUAUGGAGAAGUGUGGCAUGCAACAAAUUGGUCCACCAAGCAAUGGAGAACAAUAUGGAGUUGAAGAUGAUGAUGUAGAAACCGAGAGCGACUCUCAAAAUAUGGAAGUGGAGACGGAAUUAUUCAUCGGGCCACCCAAAAGACAAAGAAGUGCCAAGAAAAUUCCCUAGGGUAUGAACUCAUAUAUUUAUGAUCGAGAUCAAUAAACAUUGGUGAUGAUCAUCUAUAUAAUAAAUUGCAACUUCAAUUCAGAAACCAGCUCCGUUUUAGGUUUAAUUCCAAGCUUCCUGACCGUGAUUUUGGGGGUGCACGAAUAUAGAAUAUCUGUAAAUCCAGAAAUUGCUUCUAUAUUUAUUCGUGGAAUGAGUAAUAUAUGCAGAAUACAAA